AUGGACAAAGGAAGUCCAGAGUACAAGGAGGCAGUCCGAGAACACGCGCGCACGCUCGGGUUGGACCCGGACAAGGAACCCCAGUACCUCUGGAUUGUCGAGGAGGCGCUGACGGCGCCGGUGCCGGAAGACUGGGAACAAGGCGAGACUGACGACGGCACGAUCUACUACUUCAAUGUGAACACGGAAGAGAGUGUGUGGGAGCAUCCGAUGGACAAGUAUUACAGCGACAUGAUCAACACAAAGCGCGCCGAGGACAAGGCCGCUCUUGACGCGAAGAAGUCGACCGCGGCCGCGUUCAACAGUGCGCCCAAGAGCUCGGCAAAGGCGUCGAACAGUGCUGUCGUCGAGGAGUUUGACAUGGACGACCUUGACGAGCCGAGACCAUUCAAGCCGCUGCCAUCAACCAAGCCAGCGACAACCACAGCUACAACGUCGUCGUCGAAGCCCGCGGGAUUCGGCAAGGACUCCCAGUCGUGGCUCCUGGACGACGACGACGACUUGCAUAUGCCGAGCGCAACCUUAGCUAAACCCAGCCUCGUCAACACGAUCAAGAAGUACGACGAUGCUCCAAAGGCAUCCGUCACUGUAAAGGGGGCGAUGGCCACAUCAACUCCACCCGCUCCGACCAUCGCCCCCGUCCCCGCCACGCCCCCCUUUCAUCCACGGACUGCCACCACGAUCGCUCCCGCUACAGUCGUCGGCUCGUCGUCGACCUUGAAUGCAGCGCAGUCGGAGAAGAUCGAGAAGCUGGAAAAGCAAGUGGCCGCGUUGACGGCAGAGGUGCUCCAGCUUCAGAAAGAUCGCGAGGCGCUGGAAAAGACGGAGCGCCAAGCCAAAGCUGCGUUAACCAACGAAAUUGGCACGCUCCAGCGCGCCAAGGAACAGGCCGAACUCGAAGCGAAAGAGUCCAACUACUUGAAAAUGAAAGUCACCGAGCUCAAGGCAAAAGUAGCGGCAUUGGAAGCGACAAAGGACGGAGACAUGGCCCCCACGAAAGCUGCAACGACAGCGAUUGAGGCGCAGCUAGCUGCCAAAACGCAAGAACUCAAUGCAAAGUGUAUUGAGUUCGAUGCCAAGUGCCACGAACUUGCAGCAAGAGACCACGACCUUGCUCAGCUCCAUGCGAAGCUUGUCCAGCACCAAGCGGACCAUGACCGCAACUUGAAGAAGAAAGACGACGAGUACGCGAUGAAGGCCAAGGAGCAUUCGAUUGAGGUGGAAGAUUUGAAGGAGCAGCUCUUGAUGCGUCAAGCCACCAACAUCACGCUUCAGCACUCGACGGGCGACCUAGAUCGGCUCAAGAAGAAGUGCGCUGAACAAGACGAUGAGCUGCGAGUUGCGCAGACUCAAUUGCACGACCAAACGGCAAUGAUUGCCGACUUGAAAGCGUCGUUGGAAGCCAAGGAGAAAGUUACGACCAGCCACUUGGAGAUUGAAUCGAAGAAGCGCCGAGCGGUCGAGGCCGACUUGGAGGCUGCUCGCGACCAAGUGUCUGCCUUGGAGCGACGCAUGGACGACCACGAACGAGCAAUGCUGCAACAUGCUCGUGAGAAACACGACCUUGAGUUGCGGUGCCAGAGAGUUGUCGACGACCUACACCGCACCAAAGAGCUUCUCGACGAAGCGGUGGGUCGCACCAAGGCCGCCGAAGAGAAGGAACGACAAGCCAUCGACGAAAAACGAGUGGCCGAGCGGGACUUGAAGAUAGUACAUGACAAGCUGCACGAUGCUAUCCAAGAGCGCGACGAUGCAGAAAAAUUGGUCAAGCGACAACACGAGCAGCACGUUCAUGCCCAGUCCAAGAUGCAACUCGACAUGGAGGAGUUGCGACGGGACAAGGAGCGAGGAAGUGCUCAGACAAUCGAGGUGCAAGCAUUGAAAAAGGAAAUUGAGAGCUUGAACAUCGACCUGGCGCGGGUGCGGGACGCCAAGACGGCCGUCGAGUACGACUUGCGCAACCUAAAACAAGCCAUGUCGCUCGAGACGUCGCAGUUGAUGCAAUGCAAAAGCCAAAUCGAGGAGUUCACGCGCAAAGACUUUAUGGAGAAACAACGAUACGAGUUGCUUGGCAACGAAAAGAGCGCCGUCGAGAAAAAGGUCAUGGCGCUCGAAGCCCAAUUGCAAACGAUGCGGUCCGAGAAUCGGACCGAAACAGACAAGCAUUUGUUCCGCAUCCGCGAACUCGAAAGCAUGAAUGCUCGCUACGAGUACGACAUGUCCCGCGCAGAUGAAAAGUUUGCGACAGCAGAAAAGUGGAGACUGAAGGAAAUGAGUCGCGUCGAGCAGCGUGACGCGGACAUCUUGGAUUUGAAGGAAGAAGUUGGGCGGCUGAAGGCAAGGAAUAUCGAGGGCGAGAACCACCACAUCAUCAACGAGCUGCGCACGGCGGCCAAGGUGCUCGAAGCGCAGGUGAAGGAGCUCAAGACGCAGUUGCAAGACGAAGCGACGGCCAAAACCCAGCUAGACAAGCAGUGGGCUCAGGAAAUGGAACUCAUGAAGUCCCAACUGGCCGGGCAGAUUCCCCAACUCGCGGCCGCUGCCACCCAACGCGCCAGCGAUGAGUGGAAGCGACGAUGCAACGACAUGGUGGACAAAAUCAAGGCCGAGUACGAGGACGCAUGGGUGUUGGAGAAGCAACGGUCGAGCCAGCGUGAAUCGACGUGGUACGAUGAAAAGCGCGAAAUGGAGCGACAGAUCAAGACCAGCAUGUCCGAGAAGGACUUUCUCAACAAGGAGAUCUCGCGGCUCGAGGACAACAACAAGCACCUGAUGGAGCAAUUGCACACGAUCCGAGUCUACUUGACGCAGCGGCCCGUCCACUCUGCAGGUCCCGUGUACAACCACGUGCCACCUUCCGUCAACCCUGAAGUCGUGGGGUCGAUGCACCUGCAAAACCAACUCGGCAUUUUGCACGCCCAGUUCCAACAACUCUUUGACCACACGGCACAUGCCGCGGCGCCACCCAAGCACCAUCCAAGACCCCAAUGUGAUCGAGACCAACCAGAGUCCAAGCCUCCAACUUCCAUUUACUCUUCCACCAACACCCAGCAAAUGCUCGAGGAAAAGCAGCAACUUGUCCGGGCAAUGGAGGAUCUGGACACAGGAGCGACCAUGUCGUCCGAUUGGGUGCCUGUCGUCGACACCACGGCCGACGGCAAGAGCUUGUGGUAUCGCAAAGGGUAUUGGAGAUCAAAAUACAGCUAG